AUGAGAAUUCUGUCCCUCCUGGAGGUGAUGGCUUCGGGGAAGGACACGUGUCCUAUCUUACCUAAGCUUGCCAACAGCUGCACUGAUGAGAGUUCAUAUAAGCCUUCUAACGAGUGUGCUCCAAAUGCUGGGGUUCAUUUGCCACGAUUUUCAGUAAAGCACGGGAUGAUCCCAAGACGUUAUGUUAUGCCUUGGAAAGAAAAUAUGAAAUUCAGGAACAUGAAUCUGAAGCACGCAGAAGUGUGUGGGAUCCACGCUGGCCCUUUCGAAGACUCUCUGUUUUUGAAUCACAGCGAAAGGCUUUGUCAUGGGGAAGAUCGGAAAGUUGUCUUAAAGAAAGACCCACCAGAAAUAAAAAUUGCAGAUAUGCCUCUACAUUCACCGCUCUCCAAAUACCAAAGCACUGUGAUUUCCCACGGCGUCAGGAGGCGUCUGGUCUGAUGAAAGAAUAAAGUGCCGAGGUGUUUCAAUCUCAAUCUCUUCCUUUCCCCAUAAAUGUUGAAGGCCAUCGUACAAUUGUAUUUCACCUACAGGUUCCAUUUGUUUAAAGGCUAUAAGUCAGUUGUACAUUUUAUACACUACGAAAGCUUUUUUUUUAAUGUUUAUUUAUUUUUGAGAGAGGAAGAAAGCAU